UUUAAAAUUCUUUAUGUCACUGUACUACUAUUAAGUUGAUAAAAUGAAGUUACGAUAGUAUACCGAAGGUAAAAUAAUAGGCGAUAAUCUAUCUACAUGUAUUUGCUAUUUACAGGGUAUUUGCAGAGUUUGCUCUUUUCUCCACAUACAUAGGUGUUUGCUGCAUUUUCACAGUACUCAUUGCGGAUUCCGUUAAACAGCUCUUCGAUACGUACUACCCUUUUGCCAUAUUGCCUGUGGAAUACUAUUGCCUUAUAUUCUUGGUUCCAAUUUGCGUGAUGUGUCAAAUUAGGCACUUGAAGUAUCUAGCACCGUUCUCUCUGCUAGCGAACAUCAUGCUGAUGACAACUUUUAUAAUAUGCCUCUAUUACAUAUUUGAAGGAGAAAUCUCGUAUAUUGAUAAAAGAGUUAUAGGAAAUCCUGCAAGAUUUCCCGCCUUUCUUUCCACAAUAAUCUUCGCAAUCGAAGGAAUAGGUGUAGUGAUGCCAGUUGAGAAUACAAUGAAGAAACCUGAACAUUUCCUCGGUUGCCCGAGCGUUCUGGUCGUCGCUAUGACUUUUAUUAUGACACUGUACAGUAUCCUUGGCCUCUUCGGUUACUUCAAAUAUGGAGACGUACUAAGAGCUUCAAUUACCCUAAAUUUGCCCCUUGACCACUGGCCAGCAAUUUGUGCCAAAUGUUUCAUCUCCCUUUCAAUAUUAUUUACAUAUCCACUACAUUUUUACGUGGUUAUUGACAUGUUCACGAGAUAUACGACGCCACAUAUCCAGGAAAAAUAUCAGAAUAUCACUCAGAUACUCGCUCGGAUUGCAAUAGUAUGUUUUUGCGGUGGUAUUGGCAUCGCUCUACCCAUGCUAGAGCAAAUUAUCAACAUAGUUGGUGCUCUCUUUUACUCCAUAUUGGGUCUCAUUAUUCCCGGCAUAGUCGAAACUAUAUUUCGCUGGGAAAACCUAGGAAGAUUUAACUGGAUUAUGUGGAAAAAUAUGUUUAUUAUUCUGUUUGGGAUUUGUAGCUUGUUAUCCGGUUGUGCUGUGACAAUUUCUGAUAUAAUCAUAAAAUUAAAAGAGAGAACUAGUUAAAAAUUAAUCCUUCAUUACUAUAAUUAUUUCUUAAAUAUUAUUGAACAAUAUAAUAUGUAUUUUAUUGUCCAGUUUGUUGGUAGCUAAGUGACAAUCUCUUAUGAUUAAAUUGACCAUAUAUUUAUAUAUAGGAUAAAACAUAGUCUGUCUCUAGUCUG